AUGUUGAAUACUGUUCAAGAGAACCUUAUUAGUCAGAAAGCUAAGAUUAUCUGGAUAAAACUUGGAGAUGGGAACAAUGCUUUCUUUCAUGCUUCCUUGAAAAGUAAGCAUCAAAUGAACCAUGUCAAAAGUCUCAAGAACAAAGAUAGGAUCCUUCUGACAUCUCAUCAUGAGCUUGAAGAGGAGAUUCUGCAAUUUUAUGGAGACCUGGUUGGUAAGUCUAAUAAGAAAAUGGACAGUAUUAAUCUGAUUGCUAUGAGACAUGGCCCCCACCUGAAUGCUAGUCAGAGAAAGUCCCUAAUUGAACAUGUCAUUGAUCAGGAAGUGAAGUCUGCUCUUAAAGGUAUUAGUGAUAAUACUGCUCCUGGUAUAAAUGGUUUUGGGGGAAAAUUCUUCAAGGCCACCUGGAAUACUAUUAAUAAGGAUGUCCUCAAUUCCAUUAGAUAA